CAUGGCCCUAAAGGUCCGCUCGGUUUUACGAGUACUCAAUGUAGUUUUUUGUCAUCUCUAUUCGAGCCCGUAUUUUCAAAUGUUUUACCCUUACGUUUUAUAAUUUCGUCGUAUACGUCCUUUUUCCUAUUCUUUGAAAACGCACUCGAAGUGAGAUGCGAGUACCUGCACCAUUUUUGACCCCACCACCUACCCUAAAGUGCUAAUGAAAACCAUUCAAAAACGCAUGAAGUUGAUAUGAAAAUAAAACGCUUAAUGAAGAGCGCCGCCAUCAG